CCUACAGCUCCCUGUCCCCACCGCGCUGCAGCCCCGAGGAAGAGGGCGCUUUCUGGUGACUCUGACUCUUGAUGCUGCACGAGCCUGAUUCGGCAUUCACAAGAGGCUUUUGGGGGAACAUCUCUCUUUCGCUGGAUGCACGAACGGACUUUGCUGUCGCGGUUUACUGGACUUGUUCGUUGUGGCGAAUCUGCCGUUGCGGCGCGGUGGCUAGGCGCGCAGGGCCCUGACGUGAGGCUCGCGGAAUCUGCUGCGGGAGGAAGAACGCCAGGGUUUCUCGGGCAACUGCAGUCAUGGCGGCCACGGCCCCCAGUGCGGGCGCCUCCGCGCCUGAGGCGGCGGCUUCCGCCGAGGCCCCGCUGCAGUACAGCCUUCUCCUGCAAUACCUGGUGGGCGACAAGCGUCAGCCCCGGCUCCUGGAGCCCGGCAGCCUGGGCGGGAUCCCGAGCCCGACCAAGAGUGAGGAACAGAAGAUGGUCGAGAAGGUGAUGGAAAGCUGUGCCUUCAAGGCAGCGCUGGCCUGCGUGGGAGGAUUUGUCUUGGGAGGUGCGUUUGGGGUGUUCACUGCCGGCAUUGAUACCAAUGUGGGCUUUGACCCUAAGGAUCCUUACCGUACGCCGACAGCAAAGGAAGUUCUUAAAGACAUGGGACAGAGAGGAAUGUCCUACGCCAAAAAUUUUGCCAUUGUGGGCGCCAUGUUUUCUUGCACUGAGUGUUUGGUAGAAUCUCACCGGGGAAGGUCAGAUGGGAGGAACAGCGUCAUUAGUGGCUGCAUCACGGGGGGAGCCAUCGGUUUCAGAGCUGGCUUAAAGGCCGGGGUCAUUGGGUGUGGAGGUUUUGCUGCUUUCUCUGCUGCCAUUGAUUAUUACCUACGGUGAGAGUUCCUGCCUCCAGGGAAGGACGCUGCCAGCCCAGCAUCAGAGCUGCUCUGUGGAGGCCAGUUUUGUCCCACUGCAGGGCCCUCGCUUCAGAGACCGCAGACCCUUGUUUUCCCUCCUACCGUUGGUGUCGUGAGGGAGCCACCUGGCUGCCGCCUGCCUCCACCUCUGAGGAGCCACAUUCUCUGCUCCUGGGUUCCCGCCACGCUGUGUGGGGGAUGUGCCAUGCAUGCCAGCCUCUCUCGGGCAGAUCAGGAGUGUGGUGGCUGGUAGGAAUGAAGUUCCCUAAGGGUUCCGUCCCGACCACGGCUGGCCCUCCGGUGGUUCUGUGCGGUGGGACCAGAGGUGACUGGACACGUACCAGGAAGCUCGUGUACUUCGGAACUCCACGCGGUCGUCCGUCCCACAUGGCAGGGCAGAGUAAAUGUAGACUGGCCAGCCCAUCAUGUCAUUUUGUUUAGUGUUCUGCGAUCUUUGUUUAAAAAGUUAGAUUAUAGUUUAAAAGGUUGGUUGGUUUUUCGGGGGGAGGAACAGUGACAGCGUGGUCCCAUCCCCUCCUCCUCCACUUCCCAUUACGAACAAUAAAGGCUUUUCAUACCAUAAAAUAAAUGAAUAAAUAAAAGGUUGGUUUAUUUUUAUUUUCAAAUUCCAUGAGUCCCCAAAAUGGUGCCAGGUGGCCCAGAGAUUGGACAUCCAGAGGGGGAGUGAGAAAGUUCCUGAGAAGUGUGGGAAUGUUCGAUUCUCAGGGUUUGCAGAAUAGCGUUCUGAGAUUGUUACUUCAGCCAGGGCCUGCCCUCCAAGACGCCCAGCCCAGCCGUGUCCUAGGAUACACUGAAAUUCCAUGCUUAAGCCCUGGCCUCUUCUAAAAACCCUCCUGUGGGCUGGCUGAUGGGAAUGCCUGCGGUCCGGGCCACACUGGCUUUAGGCUCUGACCGCUGGACCAGGCCCAGCUCAAGGACACGCUGUGUGAAGAGUCCUGCUGUGGUCCUCCUGAUGAGUCCAUCAGCAGCGGCUGGUGAAGAUCGGACGGCGUUGAGGGGCCGUUCUCCACUACCCUUGUUCUCUGGUACCAGGUUUUUUUGUUUGUGUUUUUUUUAAAGAUUUUAUUUAUUUAUUUGACAGCGAGAGAGGGAACACAAGCAGGGGGAGUGGGAGAGGGAGAAGCAGGCCUCCUGCUGAGCAGGGAGCCCGAUGUGGGUCUCGAUCCCAGGACCCUGGGAUCAUGACCUGAGCCGAAGGCAGACGCUUAACGACUGAGCCACCCAGGCGUCCCUGUUUGUUUUGACACAUUAGUGUUUUUUGACCUAAAUGGUCUUUUUCUGACAAAAGACUCAGCCUAUUGUGUGCCCUGGAGCAAAAAAAUAGGCUUUUAUGGUUGGGAUCUGCUGUGAGUGCUUCUUCACUCUGGUCCUUUGGUGAGGACACGAAGGGAAUGAGCUCAGGCUUUCCCACGUGGGGAAAUCAUAGGCUUGGUGGGACCGUGUAAUUCCAGCCACCUUCAGCCAGCGGUAAUGUCUCCUGUUCUGCACACUGACUCCUUCACCUUGUUUUGCUUUCUCCCCUUUUUUCUGCUGUCUUCUAGCUUACGCCGCCCCCCCAACCAGAAUUCAGACUUGGCUGAGACGUCCAGAUGUCCAGGGGUGUGUGUGUAUGUGAGUGAGGACGUCAAACUCAGCCAGUAACCCCUUCCUCUGGCCAGGCCUGCUGCUUCCUCGGCAGUGGACGGGAGCUGACGCGCAGGGCUUAUGUCCUUGUGUGGUGGAGUCUUGUAAUAUCCAGCCCAGUCUCACAGGUCUGAGGCUUCACUGCUCCUCAGCUAGCUGGAGUAUCCUCAGAGGCCUGGGGACAAAGUCAGGAGUGUUUCCUAUACUGUCCUAGGUAAGUCACUUCUAAGCCCUUGGAGGGCAAGAGCAGACGCUCCUAGCUGGCAGCUGGCAAAGCGCCUGGAUGCCUGGCGUCUUCCACCCGCCGGCCUAGCAGGGAGGGUCCCAGCAGGGAGGGUCCCGUGUGCUGAGCGAGGCCCGGAAAUGCUGCCUCUCUGACUGCCUCGGAGCAGAUGAGCCCUCGGGCUGUCAGUAGCCAUCAUUUCAAUAAGCCAAGCGUCCACAUGGACUAUUCAGUCAAGAAAGGAGAUGAAUAGUUUCCUGUUUUAGAUGGCUAAGGAGUCAGUAUGAGCUCAUAAACCAAACACCAAUUUUCAGAGACAUCUGUUCCUGAUCUCCAGAAUAAACAUAGUGUCCAAUGGCUUAGGCUGGUGGGAACCUCUAUCAACCCCACUGGCUCUCCUAAAGGGAGGCCGGGCCCCCCAGGGGAUCCAGCCUCUCCAACAAUCAGACUGGGCCAAAAGGCUGCCCCAAAGACGCCCACUUCCGAUGAAACUGUAGAGAAAAGUUUGCAUAAAAUAAGAAGCCUCCACUUGGAUCGACACCUUUCUGCCAUCUCUCGGAGGGAUACUGAUGGCCAGGUCUUUGGUGGGGCGUUUGUCCUUCAUGAAAGGAAUCUCGCUGGUGACCGACUUGGAGGCCCCUGUGAAGCACAG